AUGAAUGAAGUCCAGGACUUCAAAGGCUGCAUCCAAAACUGUGGAGUAGUGGAUUUGGGUUUUAUAGGAAGUAAAUUCACAUGGUGGAAUGGUCAAACUGGAUAUGAUUGUAUAUUUAAGAGGCUAGGCAAGUGUUUGGGGAAUCAGGCCUUGCAAGAUAAAUAUCCUGUGAAGACACAUUUGGAAGCAGAUUUUAUGGCUAAUCCCUUUACUAUUUUUCACCAUAUACUGAAAAAGGUGAAAGCUGCUUUGACUCAAUGGAGUACAAGCACUUUUGGGAAUAUUUUUCAGGAAAUAGAGAGUUUGGAGGAUGUGGUUAAAGUUCAUGAAAUUCAAUUUGAACUCCAACCUACACCAUCAGAUAGAGAGAAAGAGUUCUGGAAACAAAAGGCAGGAAUGCAGUGGUUUCAAGAUGGGGACAGAAAUACUAGGUUUUUUCAUGCUUAUGUCCAAGGAAGAAGGAAAAGUCUACAGUUGAAGAGAAUACAUGAUAAUAAUGGUACAUGGAUGGAACCAAAGGAAGAAAUAUCUGAAGAGGCUAUCAGGUUCUACAGAGAUCAAUUUACCAUAGAGAAGGACCCUACUGAUUUUGAAAUUCUGGAUCAUGUUACAUAG